AUGGUUUCUUACUACCAAAUCGCCGGAAAGCAAGUUGGCUCCCACUACUUAGCUAUGGCAGUUCUCGGUUCGAUGGCUGGACUCGUCACUUUGUCCACUCGUGGUGGAUCUGCUGCAAAGAAGGAGUCAACUCCACCAAUUAACGCCAAAAGUCCAGAUGAGGAGAAAUACAUUAAGGACUUCAUGGCAAGCAUCGAGGGAAGCAAGAAUGGAAACAACGCAGACUUGACCAAGAAGGAUGCAGGAAGAUAAAGGAUAUAUCAUGAAUUGAAAAUGAGCGGCUGAACCUUUUUGCCAAUCGACUUCGCAGGUUCGGGUGUAAAUAUAGAAUGCGGUCAGAUCCCCAUUAAAUCGAGCAGACAUGCAGAUACCAUGUUAAGAUCUGAAUUCCACGUUCUUCCUUAUAUUCUCCACCCCCAUCUUCAUACCAAUUACC